AUGAAUCUGACCUUUGAAGAGUUCUGUGGUCCUCUACCGGGCUGGUUUCCACGCCCCUUGUCCGCUUCUCUCCCUGCCUGCUUCCCACUUGGUCCGCUCCGUUUCGGAGCUGUGGCCCAAGUGCAGCCCCCCCGGGAAAGGGGGCGAGAGGCUUCCCUGAAGCCGCCUCGACGCCCAGCCUCCUACCUCCAACUUGGGCGCAGUUGUGCUCCAGGAGCGCCGUGUCCCUCGCCCGUCUGCUCGGUCUUUCCCUCGGGCGCGCUCUCCAUCCCUCGCGGGCCGCCUCGCUCCGGGCCCCGGGCGCUCUCUCGCUCCCUCGGAUGCAGCUCCGCCCCGCGCUUCUCCCCCUCCGGCCCCAGAUGCGCGGCGACUACAACUCCCGUCAUCCCUCACCGCUGGUCCCGAGGGCCGGGGGUGGUGGGCCUUGUAGUCGCUGCGCCCCAUCUGGGCGCUGAAGCCGCGCAUUCCUUCCCCGGCGCGCCCCCUCCAGGGCGGUCCGCUCCGCCCCUCCGCUUCCUCGGCUGCGCGCAUCCUGGCGCCUCGCCGCCCUCCCGGAGCAGCGACCCUCCUUCCCAGCCGCGCCGGGACCCGCAGCCCGACUCGAGGGCGCGGGGCCGCCUCCCCUUUGUCCGGCUCCUGCGCCGAGCCCGGCUUCCCCUGCAGGCAGGCCUGCCCGGCCCUCGCCCGCCGGCCCCGCGCGACGGCCCGCGCCGCACUCACCGUCUUGGCUGCGCCGUCGGAAGCGAACCCGGGCGGCGGCGGGGAAGGGCUGCGCUCCGCUCGCGGCGGCUCCGCCUCGCCUCGCCUGCCAGCGGAAACCAGGGGAGGGAGCGGGGAGGAGCCGGCCGAGGCCGCGCGGCCGCCCUCCGCCCCGCGUCGCCCGCUCCCCGAGCGCGGCGCCCUGGGGCUCCGGGAGAGGGAACGGGCCGGGGACGGAGGGCGCCCGGAGGGGCCAAGAGGCGGCCGCUGCUUCGAGCCCCUCGCCCCGCGAUCGCCGGGCGAGCGAGGCCACGGCGCUCCUGCGAGCGGCUACUCCUGCCUCCUCUUUCCCGAUGCUGGCAGAGAACUAAUUCACGAGGAGACGAAGUGACUGUUAAAGCCAGUUUAAGUCUGUAGUGUUUGUAUUCCAAAGAUUCAAAUGGCUAAAGGCAAGUAGCAAGAGCAUGUGCAUCUAGACAAGAAAUAUUUCUGGCACCAGAAAAAUAUUAUUGAGCUGUGGUAUGGACAAAGGUGAAAACCUUUAAAAAAGUGAUGUUCUUUAACAGCUGACACAGUUGGGGAAACAACCAAGGGACCUGUCUUCUAGUCAAACAUCUGAGGAAACGUAACAAUCUAGACUCACCAGCACAGAAUGCCGCCAAUGCCAUCUUGCAGGGUCUUGUGCUUCCAAGGACAAACAAGAUGCAUAAAGAUGGAAAAGAGGAGCAUGGCCCUGGAUCUCUUGGGAAAUGGCUCUCUCAUCCCUUCCUUGAGUUCUACACAAGUGCACAAUGCUAUUAGUGGCAACAUUUCCUUGAAGGCAAUUGCAACUCACCAGCUUUUUCUAAGUGAUGAGUAAUCGUGCACUUACAGCAAAGUGCGGAAUUUACAAUUGAUAAUGAUGAAUGGUUUUUAUUCCACCUAUAAGAAAACAUUUCAGCAAACCUGCAUUGCUUUGAAAGAAGACAACACGGUAUUUACUAAUACAGGGAUUUUAAUGGCACACAAACCAGACACAACUGCAUUUUAAUUAAAAGGUCUCCCUUGGGAGGUUGUGGACUCUCCUUCCUUGGAGGUUUUCAAGCAGAGGUUGGAUGGCCAUCUGUCAUGGAUGCUUUAGCUGAGAUUCCUGCAUUGCAGGGGGGUUGGACUAGAUGACUCCUGGCAUCCCUUCCAACUCUACGAAUCUAUGAAAGUCCAGAAUUGGUGACCAGAAAGGGAAGGAGCAGCUUCAGACAGCAGGGGUUAUUCAGCUGUCAGUGUUCUUUGGAAAUACAGGGCAUAACACCUGAAGGCAAUUUACAGAAGAAAUUCUAUGAGAUACACAAUGAACUGCAUUGCAGAGGGUUUGACUAGAUGACCCUCGGCCCCUUCCAACUCUACAAUUCUGUGAUUCUAUGAACUGUAGUUAAGAAGGUGCUCAGCCCAAGGAUCCCCUGAGAGCCAAGAUGCAAUCAAGGUUCCUUGGGUCAAGAAGCACUAAGGCCUUAUCUGUUCCAAUAAUCUGUAGGCAACCAUGGAAUAUAAAGAUUUGGCUUAAUCUAGCAGAGAUAGCAGCUUUCCUUCUGCCUUAGAAUAUACAUGCACUUAAUCACUUUUUAAUGAUCAUAUUCAAGCAAAUAUGUCCAAAAAGCAAAAAACAUCUCACCCAACUGAACAUUUAGUUACAUAUGAAACAAGGAAGAUUGCCUUUAACACAAAAAAUGCUUUCCUUGCCUACCAACAGGAGUGCUGUGUUUUUUAAAUAAUUUCUCAAAAACAAACAGAUUAAUAAUGAAAAAAAAAGAAAGAAGGCUUAUCACUGAAUGAAACAAGAAAA